CUUUUAAACCAUUUCAUAACGGUGGUAGAUCGGGUGUAGAUCGAGUUAGAAAAAUCCUCAAAUUCAUUUUGGAAAAAUAUUUUAAUUUUUUUAAUUAAACAGACUUUUUUUUAGUAAAAACAAAGACUCAAUAUGCCUUUCAAGCCAGUCGAGAACGCAAAAUGCCCCAAAUGCGGCAAAUCCGUCUAUGCCGCUGAAGAACGUGUUGCUGGUGGAUACAAAUUUCACAAACAAUGCUUCAAAUGUGGAAUGUGCUCAAAGAUGUUAGACUCUACCACUGUCGCUGAGCACGAAUCUGAAUUGUACUGCAAGAACUGCCAUGGUCGCAAAUACGGACCCAAAGGCUAUGGAUUCGGCGGCGGCGCUGGCGCUCUCUCCAUGGAUACUGGAGCUCAUUUGCAACAAGAAAAUGGCUUCCAUCAUACAGUUCAAGAGUACAAGGGUAUCAAGGCUCCCGAAGGCGAAGGAUGUCCCCGUUGUGGUUGCUAUGUUUACGCUGCUGAGCAAAUGUUGGCACGUGGAAGAGCCUUCCAUAAAGAAUGUUUCAAAUGUGGCGACUGCACCAAACGUCUCGAUUCACGUAACGUAACUGAAGGUCCCGACAAGGAAAUCUACUGCAAAGUCUGCUAUGGCAAGAGAUUCGGUCCCAAAGGUUACGGUUAUGGACAAGGCGGCGGCGCUCUUCAAAGCGAUCAAACUGAUUUAGCUAACGGCGAACACGCCCCAAGAAUCGGCGGAUACGAUACUGCUUGCAUCCAAGCUCCCGCUGGACAAGGUUGCCCACGUUGCGGAGGCGUCGUCUUCGCCGCUGAGCAAGUUCUCUCCAAGGGACGCGAAUGGCAUCGCAAAUGCUACAAGUGCAAGGACUGCACAAAGACUCUCGACUCGAUCAUCGCUUGCGACGGUCCCGACAAGGAUGUCUACUGCAAAACUUGCUACGGCAAAAAAUGGGGUCCUCACGGAUACGGUUUCGCCUGCGGCUCUGGUUUCUUGCAAACUGACGGCAUGAGCGAAGAAGAGUUGAAAAAUGCUCGUCCUUUCGCGCCGCCAAGCACAACUUCAAUUCUCGCGCCCGAAGGUCAAGGUUGCCCUCGUUGCGGCGGCGUCGUUUUCGCUGCCGAACAACAAUUGGCCAAGGGAACUGUCUGGCAUAAACGUUGUUUCAGCUGUUGCCAAUGUCAUCGUCCCUUGGAUUCGGUUUUGGCUUGCGACGGACCCGAUCGUGAGAUUUAUUGCCGUGCCUGUUACGGAAAAUCGUAUGGACCAAAAGGUUUCGGUUAUGGACAUACUCCAACUUUGUCGUCGAAUGGCGAAUCGGUGCCUGUGCAUGGCGAAGGUAGACCUUUGGCUGGCAAGAAACCCGAAAAGGGAGGUUGCCCACGAUGCGGUUUCGCUGUUUACGCUGCCGAACAAAUGAUCAGCAAGGGACAAGUUUGGCACAAACGGUGCUUCCAUUGCGGCGAUUGCAACAAAUCUUUGGAUUCGACGAAUCUCUGUGAUGCUCCCAACGGCGAAAUUUACUGCAGAGGAUGCUACGGACGCAAUUUCGGACCCAAAGGUGUCGGCUUCGGCAUGGGUGCUGGCACACUAACAAUGGCGUAAUUUUGUGUACUUUUUCACUUUUUAUUUAUGUUGAUUUACUUUGAUAUAUUAUUACUACAAAAAAAAAAAGAAACAAAUUUAUAAAAAAAUUUUGCUACUUUGAAAAAUGCUUUUGACAGCAGAUUCUUACUGAACAAAAAAAAAAUUUCUUCAUACUGAACGGAACUAACUACAAAACACAUUUUCAAGCGUUUCUUACGUAAAAUGUGAUGCUGAUGACAGAUUGGGUGAUAAAUAGUCUGCACAAGUGGCAGCCUGUACUUUUAUAUUCGUUUCGUAUCGCAUUCAGUGAUGUUCUGAUCGUUCAGUGAUAAUCUCAGAACAUCACUGAAUACAAUAUUUCAUUCCAUCUUCAACUCUUAUAUUAUUAUUUUAAUUUAAAUAUGGUAUAUAAUAUAUAUAAAAUACAAAUUUUAAAGACUUUUACACGUAUAGCGCCGCCACAUGUCCACACUAUUGUCGCCAUUUGUGAUUCUGAUGAGAUUCUGUAAAAGCUUUAUUUAUUUUUGAUGAGAGGAUUAGGAAUAACUGCGCUCUACACUUAAAAUAACACCCAAUUAUGCAAAAUAACAGUGAUUCGAACGAACAGGCGAAAAAUUCUUUCCCUGUCAAUCAUCUUUUGAACAUAAACGAUGCCACUAAUUUUCUCGAAAACCUGAAAAUCAUCAAGAAAAAAACAAUCCCUUCACUCAUUUUACGUUUUCCGCCUUAUUUUCCCAAUUUUUUUAUUUUUUUUUUUACCACACAUUUUUAAUAAUUUACGCUCAGCUUAGACAUAAGACUAACCUUUUUAUAAAAAUAUAUAUGAAAAAGAAAAAGUAACACAAAAAACAGUAAAAUGUGUAAAAAAUAAACAAAAUAAUAAAAAUUGAUUGCUACCAAAAAUAAAAAAAAAUAUAUAAUAACCAAAUGACUUAACGAAUAAAUGAACUAAAAAAAAUAAACUUUAAGAAAAAAUUAAUAUUCAAUGAAAUAUUAAUAAAAGAGAGUCAUAUCUAGUCCAUACAUAUAUACGAUUAUAUAGUUUAGUUAGAGAUAAAAGAUACAGAAUGAAAAAAAAAUUAAAUCCAAGAAAUCAUAUCAGAAGAUCGCACAUUUUAGGCAACAAUAAAAAAAUUGUUUCUGUGCAAGAUCUUUUUAAUUUAUAAUAUUCAUUUUUUUAAAAAAAAUUAUUUAUUAUUAUUUUUUAAGAAUGCUAAUCAAAUUUUCUUUUGAAUUUAACUG